UUGGGAAGGCAGCCCGUGUGUGUGCUCCCUCUGCCUGCUCAGCCAGGGAGCUGGGGCUGGAGCUGGGGCUGGAUAGUGUUCCUGCUCACCCCCUCAGGCUGGAGCUGAGUGCAAUGAGGAGGUCCCGGGCGGUUCGCCUCGCCGCUCUGACCUGCCUGGGAUCCUUCCUCCUCCUCGUCCUUUACUUCCAAGGCAGUUUCAGCCCAGUGACUGGUCGGCUGGUUCUGACAGGGGCUGGUGGAAAGGGCAAGGGAGCUGGAGUCCGUCAGCGCCACAUCGCCGAGAAGUUUGCCCGUAGCGAUGCCCAGCAGAUCCAUGAGCGUCGGCGUGCCAUGUUGAACAACAACUGUGCCGCCCACAACAAGCUGAGCCGGAAACGGCGCAUCCUGAACGCCGGUGACCUGCGGCACCUCAUCGUGGAUGACCAGCACGGCCUGCUCUACUGCUACGUGCCCAAGGUGGCCUGUACCAACUGGAAGAGGGUGAUGAUGGUACUGACUGGGGCUGGCAGGUACACUGACCCCAUGACCAUUCCGGCCAGUGAGGCGCACGUGGCCUCGAACCUGCGCACUCUGGACAGCUACGGCACUGCCGAGAUCAACCACAGGCUGAGGAACUACCUCAAGUUCAUCUUUGUCCGCGAGCCCUUUGAGCGCCUGCUCUCCGCAUACCGCAACAAGUUCACCCGCCGGUACAACACCGCCUUCCACAAACGCUACGGGACGAAGAUCAUUCGUGAGCACAGGCACAACCCCAGACCGGAGGCCUUGGAGCGGGGAGCUGAUGUCACCUUCCAGGAGUUUGUCUGGUACCUGGUGGACCCCAAGACCAGGAGGGAGGAGCCCUUCAAUGAGCACUGGGAGACGGUUUACUCCCUGUGCCACCCCUGUCUGAUUCGCUAUGACGUGGUGGGCCAUUAUGAAACGCUGCUGCAAGACGCCCGUUACCUCCUGGACCUGGUGGAACCCGGACACCGCGUCAAGUUCCCCUCGUCCAACGUGUCGUCGCGGACCACAGACCACAUGACGGCCAUGUUCUUCCAGAAGAUCUCCCCGUUUUACCAGCGGAAGCUGUACAAACUAUACAAACUGGACUUCACCCUGUUCAAUUACUCCAUCCCUUCCUACCUGAGCCUACACUGACUGUGCCUCGGGCCCUCCUGUCUUCAGUGUGGACUUGAGGGAUUUGCAGAGAGGCACGGCCAGAGAGACCCUUCAGCCCAUCAUCCAUCGAUUCUCAUUCCCUUGUCCAGCCUUUAUUCAAGUGCUCAUCUCAGUAGCUUUUUAAAAAUUUCAUUCACGGGAUGAGGGUGUCACUGGCCAGGUCAGUAUUUAUUGCCCCAUCCCUAAUUACCCAGAGGGCAGUUGAGGGUAAACCCCAUCACUGUGGGUCUGGGGUCACAUGUAGGCCAGACCAGGUAAGGAUGGCAGUUUCCUUCCCUAAAGGACAUUAGUGACCCAGGAGGGUUUUUCCAACAGUCGACAAUGGAUUCAUGGUCAUCAUCAGACUCUAAAUCCCGGAGUUUUAUUGAAUUCCAAUCCCACUGUCUGCGGAGGUAGGAAUUGAACCCGUGAUCCCAGGGCGUUAGUUGGGUGUCUGCAUUAACGAUCAUCCCCAAUGGCCCUUGCUGCUGAUCUCGGCCAAUCAGGUUGGUGGCUCUCUGAGCUGGGGCCUCCUCCUGACCAAUGGAUGAAUGUUCCUGGGGGGAGGGGGCUGUGCUUCCCCCUGGGGGGAGGGGGACAUGUCCCGGCUGGGGUGUAAGAGGGGUCUGCGUCCCCCACCACCCGUGAGGCAGGUGCAGCCCCUCCACCUUCCACCAGGUGGCCAAUCCCACAGGAGUACAAGCCACAAGAACUAGGAGCAAGAUGAGGCCAUUCAGCCCAUCAGGUAAUCACUGCUGACCAAGCCCCACACUUAUCCCUUGGACAACGAAAGUAACAGAGAGACCGUGUGGUUCAGGGAGAGUUACUAAACCUCUGCGCUAUAUUGAAUAUAAGGAGCUAGGAGCAGGAGGAGGCCAUUCAGCCCAUCAGAGCCUGCUCUGCCAUUUAAUACCAUCGUGGCCUGAUCUCAUCUCGGCCUCAUCUCCACUCUCCUGCCCGCUCUCCAUAACCCUUCACCCUGUUACUAAUUAAACAUCUGUCUAUCUCCUCCUUACCUUACUCGGUCUCCCAGCAUCCACCGCGCUCUGGGGGAGUGAAUUCCACAGAUUCAUGUCCCUCUGAGAGAAGGAAUUCCCCAUUGUCUCUGGUUUAAAUCUGCUGCCCCUUAUCCUAAAACUAUCGCCUCUCGUUCCUGAUUGUCCCACAUGAAGAUCCAUCCUCUCUACAUCGACUGUGUCAAUCCCCUUGAGCAUCUUAUAGACCUCAAUUAGAUCUCCCCUCAUUCUUCUAAGCUCCAGGGAGUAUCGGCCUAAACUGCUCAAUGUCUCUUCAUCAGACAAACCCCUCAUCGCUGGGAUCAACCCAGUGACCCUAUUCCAAUACACCUACACCCCUCCCCAGGUAAGGGAACCACCAAUGUACACAAUACUCCAGCUGUGGCCUCACUAAUGCCUUGUACAAUUACAGUAACACUUCCCUACUUUUACACUCGAUCCCUUUAUCAAUCAAUGCUGAAAUUCUAUUUGUUUUCCUUAUUACUCACUGUACCUGCAGACUAGAAUUGGAGGUUGGUUAGCUCAGUUAGCUGGACAGUUAGUUUAUGGCACAGAGUGACAGCAAUAGUGUGGGUUCAAUCCCCACAACAGUUGAGGCUCCCAGGAAGGAGUCCCAUUCUGACCCUCUCCCCUCACCUGAGGCAUGGUAACCUCCAGGUCAAACCCCUCUCUCUCUCUCUCUCUCUCACUCACACACUCACUCUCGCACACACACACACACACACACACACACACACAGUCUCUCUGUCACACGCUCUCUCUCUCCUCCCCCUCCCCCUGGAGAGAGCCGCUCCCUGGGCUAGUAUGGCAGUGGUGACUUACCCUUUCCCUACAAACUAGAAUAUUGGACUUUAUGAGCAAGAGGAGGCCAUUCGGCCCUUUCACUGUGCUGUAUCGUUCAGGAUCAGGAAUCUGGCUUGUGGUCUCUCUCCACGUUCCUGUCUGCUUUCGCUUAGACCGAAACACUGUCUCUCCUGCUCCUCAGAUGCUGCCUGACCCGCUGUGCUUUUCCAGCGCCACACGGUUUGACUCUAACCCCCGUAAUGUUUGGGUCGUCUUUAUCAAACAUCCAGGACCCACUGACGAGGAAAGAGAAAUUCACACUUUAAUAGCCCCUUUUCCUUUCUACUGAAAAGGGACUCUUUUUAUUCUGAAAUGGUGUCCCUCAAGGGGAACUCUGUCUCGUCUACCCAGUCAACGCUGGGUUCUGAUCAGUUUCCGAUUUCCUGGAGGACUUGGUUAAACACUGGGUCCCCACUCCCCUUGCUGGCUCAUUCCCUUCCCCCUUGCGUGUUGGUCUGUGAGUUAUUUGAACAACGUGACCUUUGGUGAGCAGUCCCUUUGCCACAAGGUGGGGGCAGUCUGAUGCCCUCUGUGUUGACCAGGUACACUCCCAGCUCCUUUGACCUGUCCACCUGCACUGACCUUUGGCAUCCCUUGGGAAAUACCCACUGUGCCCAUCCCAAGACCCUCCCUGACAUUCCCUGGAAACAGUGAAUUGAAGCCUCCAACUGAGGCCUCACCAAAGAUUCGUGAAGGUUAGUGACUUUUGAGAAGAUUUGUACUCAGGUUGAGGUUGUGGAUGUGAGUUUGCUCAUUGAGCUGGAAGGUUGAUUUUCAGACGUUUUGUCACCGUACUGGGUAACAUUUUCAGUGAGCCUCCAGACAAAGCCAUCUGGGAGAUGUUACCUAGUAUGGUGACGAAACAUUUGAAACCAAACCUUCCAGUUCAGUGAGCAAACCUACAUCCAGAUUUGUGAAGGUUUACUGGUAACCUCCUAACGUUUUUUUCAAAUAUCCACUGCUCCAUUUUUUUCCAAACCCCGGGAACAUCAGACUUUCUUUCUUAAUCCUUUCCACCACCUGAUUUGCUCUGUUCAGAGUUUUCCCGAUCCCCUACUCUCCCAUUCCCCUCUCCCUGUGGCGCCUGCAGUCGAUUUUCCCACCAUUUACAUGUUCCGGUGAAAUACCUCCAAAAGGCAGCCCCUCUUGGGGACCGUCUGGAAUCUCCAGGCUGGAAAUUGAUGGAAUUUUUUGGGUGGAGGGAUACCAAAGGUGAUGGAAGUAAAACAGGCUGAUGGAGCUGAGGGACAGAUCAGCCACGGUCUGAUGGAGAGAGGAGUAUAUUUGAGGGGCUGAAUGGCCUCCUUUUCCUAAAAUGCCAGGCAAUGCCCGUACAGAGGCGGAGGUGGGUGGGUGGGUUGUGAGUGAAUGACACCAACAGCGAGACCCUUUUGCACAGACAUGUAGGAGAGAGCUCAACCCACCCCAGCCCAGAGUAAUGCUGAAUUGUUGGGGCUCUCUGUUCGCUGUCGCCCAUGGGUGCUCUGUUUCUGGGACCCAGGGGAGACAGCGAAUCCCAAUAAUCGAUCAAUUCCUCUCGGUUGCUGAGUUCAUUGAAUGCUCCAUUUCUGGGAUCCACGAAGGGGUGGGGAGCCUGGUUUCCUGGGUGCUCCGAUCGCGCUCCCUACAGUGGGUGUCCCAUGGGGGCUGGGUCUGUGUCUCCUUUGGGUGCUGAGAUUUCUGGCAGUAUUCUCUAUCUCACCCAGCCUUGGCCAUAGGGUGGUUGGCAUUGUGUGGCACAGUUGGGUGCAGUGUGUGAUUGCCCGUCAGUAUCCUGGAACAGGGAAUGUGGCAUGGAUUGGAAUUUCGCUGACGGUAUAUGGGGGUGUGAUUCUGUGUUUGCGAGUCAUCGCCCUGACUGGAAAAGGACAGACCCCAUACACUUGUGGGGAGGGGGGUUUCUGAGCCGCAAACUGAACAACUGGUUUAUUUAGUAACCGGUUAAAGGAGAGUUGGGUUGAAGUGUACAAACUGUGACUCCUGUUUUGAUGAAUUUAUUUAUUUAGACUCUGAGGGUGAAACAGAGUUGCCCCUCGACCCAGUUUCCCCCAUGGGUUUUGUUCAAUUUCAGAACCACCGGCUCAGGUUUCCACAUGGUCCUUAUCCCGAUCCGUGUUUCAGUAAAUGACUAAUACUGAGGGUGAAUUGGAUUAAAUCCAGGGAUCAGAUGGUCAAUCCUUAGUAUCUGAGGGUUAACUUGGUUAAUGUUCUAUAUUAGUUUGUUAAUUUGGUUAAAAUCGGGUAUUAAUUCAUCGAUAUUACUCGGUGCACACUUUGGUUAACCCCCAGUAACAGAUGGUUAAUUUUGUUAGUCCUUAGUUAAUGGCUGGUUAAAUUAGUUAUUUUUCAAUCAUGGUGAAUUUUGUUUCUUCCUGAGCUGUGACACGGCGUUUUAUUAAUGCAAACAAAUGUCAAAUACAUUUAUAUAAAAAAAAACUGGAGCUGAAACAAACAAAAUGUGUG